AACAUUUAAGACGCGCGCACGUUGACUAGUAUAAUGUACACUCGAAAAAUUUAUAACCUAAAAUUCUUUCACAUUAAACUGUAGAAUCUUCAAAAAACCUCGUGUUCGUGUAUUUACCUCGUUGCACUACGUGGUGUAACUAAAAAGUCCGCUUUUAGAUUCUACUGCUGGCAGUAAGCAAGUUCAAGUCCACGUGUUUUGCCUAAAUUUAUCUAAGUUAAUACCGCGUAUUAAGUAACUAAAAAUUAUAGCUUACAUAGAUUGUGUAUUUGAUUUUUAACGGCAAAAUGGCAGUAAGAGUUCAGUUUGAAAACAGUAACGAAGUUGGAGUAUUCUCAAAAUUGACCAAUUCGUAUUGCUUGGUAGCAAUCGGAGGAAGCGAAAAUUUUUACAGUGUCUUUGAGGCUGAAUUAGGAGAAAAUAUUCCAGUAAUCCACGCAUCAGUCGCUGGUUGCCGAAUUAUUGGGCGUCUAACUGUUGGUAACAAGAAUGGACUGCUAGUCCCGAGCUCCACAAGUGACAACGAGCUUCAGCACAUCAGAAAUUCACUACCGGAUUCGGUGAAAGUUCAACGAGUCGAAGAGAGACUGUCGGCACUUGGAAAUGUCGUCGCCUGUAAUGACUACGUUGCGUUAGUCCAUCCGGACCUUGAUCGGGAAACUGAGGAAAUUUUAGCAGAUACAUUAAAUGUAGAAGUUUUCCGUCAAACAAUCGCCAGCAAUGUUUUAGUGGGAUCAUAUUCGAUUUUAUCCAACCAAGGUGGAAUAGUUCAUCCUAAAACUUCUAUUCAAGAUCAAGAUGAAUUAUCGUCUCUUUUACAAGUGCCUCUAGUGGCUGGAACCGUCAACAGAGGAAGUGAAGUUAUAGCAGCUGGCAUGGUCGUUAAUGACUGGGCUAGCUUUUGUGGGAUGGACACUACAGGUACGGAGAUAUCUGUGAUUGAAAGUGUCUUCAAAUUGAACGAAAGUACGCCAUCAGCUAUAACAUCGACGAUGAGAGCUUCACUCAUAGAAAGUAUGUCUUAAACUGCUCCUUACAAGACAUUUCAUUUUAUAUAUAAAAAUAAUUAUAAUAAUAAUUAUAAUGAUUGAUAAUAAUGAUAAUAAUGUUAGUGUAAAUAAA